AUGGAAACUGCUGAAGAAUCCAAAACUGUCACGCUGUUGACUCCAGAGCUGGCUAAAUGCCUUGAUGCAUCAGCUCUUGAGGCAAAAGCAGGGUGUAAGGAGACAUCGGACCUUCAGAAAGAGUGGUGGACAGAGGCUGGGCUGCAUGGAGGGCAUCUUGAAAUUUGGCAGCUGCUUGAAUCGAUGUAUCAAUCUUCCAUUGAUGCAGGAGGCUCUGCGCCCACUGCUGAGGAGCGAUCUCCAGCAAGAGAGCAUGCCUUGCCGUUGCCAAGCACUCCUUGUUUUGCCGGGAGUCUUCAGGUUCCGGGCGCUGCCGAAAGAUGCGCAGAGGUUCCAGCAGAGGAGAGAGGGCGUGAAGAAUUGGCAGACAAGGAGGACGGUCAAACCACACUUGCGCAGAUCUAG